UGGAUGCAAAUAAACAUAUGUAAAAGGUGAAUGUAGGUGAAUUAGCAGAGCACUGCUGUUUUGCAGUAAGGAUCACCACAUUUAAAAUAUUCAUUCAGGGUGGGAAGAGGGGUUGACAGGCUGAGAGAGUUGUGGCUGGUCAGCCUGGAGAACAGAAGGUUCCAGGGAGACUUAGGUGCCCCUUCCAGUACUUCAAGGGGCUUAGAAAAACUCUGGAGGGGUACUUUGGACAAGAGCAUGCAGCGAUAGGACACAAGAAAAACGGCCUUAAGCUGAAGGUGGGCAGAGUUAGAUUAGGCAUUAGGAAGGAAUUCCUGACUGUGAGGGUGGGCAGGCCUGGCACAGGGUGCCCGGAGCAGCUGUGGCUGCACCUGUAUCCCUGGCAGUGCCCAAGGCCAGGCUGGACAGGGCUUGGAGCAACCUGGAAUAGUGGAUGGUGUCCCUGUCCAUGAUUGGGGUGGCACUGGGUGGUUAUUAAAGUCCCUUCCACCCAGACCAUUUCACGUCUCUAUGACUCUGUGCUGCCCCUCCCUGCCAUGCCCAGCACUCAGAACUGUCCCCUUUGUGACAGCAUCCCUGGCCCGGGCACUGUGAGCAUCACGAAGGCUGUGGGGGCUGUGGUGGAGCCGCACUAGAGGUGCCACCUUGGUUCUGGCUGUGCCACCUGUGCUGGCACCGAUGGCUCUUCUGCGGCUGCUCGUCCUGCUGGCCCUGACCGGGCCUGUGUGGGGCUCCUGGGACACCUGCAGGUCAGUGGUCCCACUUAGGGGGUUCCCUGUAGGGGCCCCACACGUUUCCCACACCCAGACCACAGUGUUCCAGCCUCAGCCCCUGGAGGACGAGCCUUAGUCCCUGGACAGUGCCCAGCUACUGGCACAACCUGUCUGCCAGGCUGUAGUAGAACAGAUGGGCCCCCUGCGGGUCCCAAGUCUUCCUGCCACUCAGCACUGAGCAGGAAGGGACAACAGGGGACUUCCAGCCUGAGUUGCAGCAGCCACUGAGCAGAACAGCGAUGGCUUUGUGUUAGAGAAGGGCCUGCAGGCUCCGGCCCAUGGCCUCUGACCAGCUCCAUGACUUCUGCUGCUGGCACGUCCCAUGUUGUGGCUGGCAUGGGUGUCCAGCGAGGGGCCUGGCCCAGCAUCGUCAGCAUCCAGGCCACCUGGGAGAACGGCACGUGGCACAUGUGCUCGGGUGUCCUCCUCAGCUCCCAGUGGGUGCUCACAGUCGCACACUGCUUCGCCAGGGCCGGGUAAGAAACGGUAGGGACAGAGAUGUCCCCGGGGCUGGGGCAGGUGCCCAGCUCACAGCACCAUGUUCAUGCUGACAACCUGUGUGCUGGGUACCCGCAGGGCGGCAUCGACACCUGCCAGGCCUGUUCCUGCCCACAAAGCCCAUCCAGUGCUCUCAGCAGACCCAAAGUGAAGGGAGACAGCGGGGGUCCCCUCGUCUGCAAGGACAACAGAGCUGACUACUUCUGGCUGGUGGGAUUGAACAGCUGGGGAAGAGGCUGUGACAGAGCCAGGCACCCUGCAAUCUACACCUCCACUCAGCACUUCUACAACUGGAUCCUGCUCCAGACGGGCCUGAGCCCAGCAGAAAGAGCUGGUCCAGCACCAAAGCCAGUCAUCACCUCGGCCCCUGAAGAGGAGCCUGAGGAACCAGAGGAACCAGAGGAACAUAUCAACUUGACCCCUGAGUACAGCCAGAGACCAGCAGUGACAUCCUCGGGCACGUCACUGCCCAUGGCAUUCCCCCACCAGAUCCUGGUGCAAUUCCGGAAUCUGCUGCAGGAGUUCCUGCAGUUUUGGAAGGACAAAAAAGCCUGAGCAGCAGUGGGAUGAGCAGAAUGCAGGGCUACAGCGGAUCACAGCAAUUCCUGCUGGGCCAAAGGUAGCCUUGGGGCCAGAGGCUUCUCUGUCCUGCCCAUGCUGCUGCGCUGUGGCCACAGCGAUGCUGACGUGACUGAGGUGUUGAAGUAAAGUUUCUGUGCUCACC